AUGUUAGCUUUCAAGCAAACGGCCCCAAAGGUGUCAUUCACAAAGCCCAUCGGAAGCGUUCGUGCCUCCGGCCACAAGUUCAUGGGAUGUCCAGUACCAUGCGGUGUGAUAAUAACAAGGCUUGAGCACGUAAAAGUACUUUCUACCGAUAGUGAAUACCUAUCAUCCAGAGACGCGACAAUCAUGGGGAGCCGCAAUGGGCAUGCGCCAAUGUUCCUAUGGUACACGUUGAACAAGAAGGGUUAUAGAGGCAUCCGCAAGGAAGUUCAAAAGUGCUUGAGAAAUGCUCAUUACCUUGCCAACCGUCUCAAGGAGAUGGGAGUCAGUGCAUCCUUAAACGAGUUGAGUUGCACGGUGGUCUUCGAGAGGCCACAAGACGAGAGUUUUGUGCACAAGUGGCAGCUCGCCUAUGAGGGCAUCAUCGCACAUAUGGUAGUGAUGCCAAACGUCGGUGUGGAGAAGCUCGAUGACUUCAUUGAAGAGCUUGCCACCAAGCGGAGCUGCUGGCAUGAAGGCAAAGUGUUUAACAUAGUAUGUGUUGCAAAGAACAUAGGGCAAGAAAAUUGCCUUUGUAGUCUACACAAUAAGGACCGGGAACAGCACCUUACAAUAUGGAGUUAAUUUGAAGGGCACACAUGAUUGAUCUAGCUUUAAUAAAAUGUACAUGUCGCCACUUGUUAUCCAUUUGUGUUGAUGUACUAUCUAUAUUCGUGACAUCUUUAUAGUUAUGCAAUGCUAAUGAUAUUGAAUAAACUAAGCCCUAUAUUUGUGCUU